UUGCUAUGGCAAUGCUCAAACAGGUGAAGACUUGGAUGAAGAGAGAUCUUCGUCUGCUCCACCUGUUACUGACAGUCUACUUAACUGGCUACUGUGGCCUGCUCAUCUAGUGAUUUACUGACCUGCUGAGCUACUAACUUGUCUGAACCCUCCUCCCUCCCUUCUUGUACUUGAUCUGAUCCGGGUACUCUCCCUGACCCCCUUCUUCUCCUGCCACACCCCCCUCCCCAAUCCCAUCCCUAUUUAAACCCCGCCCCCCCACCUCACCCCCUUUCCCACCCCGUCCCUUCCCCUCCCACCCCCACCACCUCCUCACCCCCAUCUGCACCUCCUCUCUGGUGCCCAGGCGCCCCCUGAAAGGACCAGAAUAUGACGGUUCGGAAGCUAUUUUUCUAUAUCCUCUUACUCGGGUAUGCCGGUUACCCCAAGACAAAUCUUGUCCAUAUUUUGGCUGACCAUUUCCCCCUUGGCUCUCGUGUCUUCGGAACUCUGUGGAAGCUUGCCGUUAUUACUGCCACCGUUGCAAUUUGUGCAUGUCUUAUUUACCUCUGGAGAGUUGUCCUUGCUACAGAGCCUCCAGUAUAUCCAGUUAAUGUACAGCAAAAAACUGCAAAGAGCAACACGUUGGAGAAAGAAAACACAGAGCUGGCUGAAGCAAUAUCCAUGUGGGAACAGAAGAUACAUCUUCAAGAAGCUAAGAGAGAAAGUAACAUUCACUCUGCUGAAGCUCUUAAGUUGAAAUCAGAAGAUGCAAACGGUCAGUUGGAGGAACUGAGAGCCUGGAGGUCCAAUAAACGUGCACUGGAAGCAAGGAUAAAGGACGUGGAAGACAUUCGUAAUGCUUUGAGUUCUACUAAAGCAAUCAGGGAAGAAACAGCCAAAAGCCUGAAGGAGAGAGGAGACGUCCUUGAUGAAUUCUAUGAAGAAAGAAAAAUGGCUACAGCAAAGAAUCUGGAUAUGACAAACUGUGAACUAGUGGCAAUGAAGAAUCAGAUGGCAACUGCAGAGGAAAAUCUGAAAAUAGCUACAAGGGACAUAGACAAGUGCAAACAGGAAAUUGAACAAACACGAGAACAGCUGCAGAAGGCAGAACUCACCUUCACACACCAGGUCGCAGUUUAUGAGCGUAAUGCUGCGGAAAACUGGAUCAAGACUCAGAUCUGGGAGACGAAAAUGGCGGGACAGAGCCGGGAGAUCGCCCGCUUGAAAUACAGACUGGUUGGGAUGGAAGGAGAGAGGCUGGUUGAGGCAUACAGGAGGUGGAGACCAAUGCCUGGAGGUCCAGAGAUGCAGAACGCUCCGAGGAGAGAGCCUUCAGCCGAAGCUGGUGUCACUCCCAUGAGUCACAACUACAAGCAGUCUACCAACAAUGCCGAGAAGGACAAGGGCAGUGUGGAUCCGUGGCGACCUCCUCCAUCAACUGGAAGAUUCUGCACACCCUACCCUAGAGGCCACCGUAUGAUCUCCUGUGCACAUCCACCUCCUGUGCCAGGUUCGGGACCAUCCCGAAACCCUCCACCUGCACCACUUGGGCCUUUUUCAGAUCCACAUGUUGCUCCUGUGAGUAACAACAACACUGACUCUACCAAAAGGAUCACGGAGGACAAGGCCAUUAUGAAUGCAAGAGGGCCUGGUCCUUCCCCAGGAUCGCCUUGCAGGCUGUCCCCCAUGGACCACCCUUCACCACCAGUCACGGGCGAUGGGCCACCUCCGCCUCCUCCACCAGCUCCUCCACGUACUAAAUUUGGUUUGCGUCUCCGAAAGUUCCCUCGCAAUCUCCUGAGGUUUUGCCUGUGUUCCUGCUGUGUCAGCUCUAACACCAGCUCUCGGCGGUCAUCUCAGAGCCUCAGGAGAAUGCGAACUUCGUGGACCCUGAACUAUGACCAAUAGGCUGUGGUGAUGUGAUAUAUUUAGAAAAGUUGUCUGGAGGACCUACGGUCAUUCUGUGUUGAUGUACACAGUGUGACCCCUGUACACACGGUCACAAACAGGGAGAAUCUACAGUAAUAGGGGCAGAAGAUAAGUGACUGUUUGAAUUGUAUUGACUGCACAUGUCCCGCUGGUUCCUUCUGGGGUGGUGGCCACAAGCUUCCUCCAGAUCUGGUGACAGUUGUGUUCACUCGUCAAUAGAUCCUCGCAAGCACGUGGCACUUCCUACUCACCGUGGUGUGUGGUGAUCAGCAGGGCAGCUAUCAGCCCCCAGGACAUGGCUGAUUCGUGAUUGCAAGACAUGGAUGAGGGGUCAGCAGUGUCUCGGGUAGAACAGUGAGGAAACCCUGCAUGAAUCCACACGUUGUGGAUUUCCCCACGUACCAGCUACCUCACGGUAGCACCAAUCCAGGUGGGAGCUGAGGUAGACUCAUGGUAGCAGUUGUGGGUGUGAGUCUUAUAAUGGCCCAUAUUCCUCUCAGUGUUUUCUGUUUUUAUCUUUUAUUUUGAUGCAAUGUUUAUUUUUGAGUGAGAGAGAGACAGAGCACAAUUGAGAGAGGGGCAGAGAGAGAGGGAGACACAGAAUCCAAAGCAGGCUCCAGGCU